AAAUUCAAACCUAAUGGAUCUAAAUUCUAACCUAAAACCCAUCCCUAAUCAACGUAAAGUACUUAUUAACUAGUAACUACUAAAGUUAUUAUUUAUUCAAGUACAAAAGGUCAAAACUCAUAAUCUGUUCAUUGCUUUAGUUUGCUUUGCCGAUUCAAAUCAAAAGUACAACAGUAGCCAAAGCUUUAAAGAGAUUUUGUUGACAGUGUCAUUGUGAAAAGAAAAGAAUGUUCUAUUCUGUUUUGUUUUCUGGUUUUGAGAUGCAUUCAAGUAGGAAUUAUGGAUAUUCAAUAAACCGUCCGAUAAUUAUUUAUUCGUUACCGAACCAACCGAUAUUUUAUUGAUUGGCUAGUAAAUUUGUAUAUUUUAAAAUCGAUAACCGUUAAAUCAAAUCAUUAACUGUAAUUGUGCAUCCGAUCAGUCGGAUAAGCAGCCCUACUUUCUCCUAAUAUUCCACCCACUUUCCUUUUGUUUUACUUUUAUGAUUCAUGAAAAAGAAAAAUGGGUAUAUUCUGAAAUCCUUUUUGCCAUUGAUGGCAUAUUAGAGCAUGAAUUUGUUGUCAUAAAGGAGAAUACCAAAAGAUAGUAGUAAAUGGGUAGUGAAAACCAAGAGCAAAUUCAAGAAAAUCUUCCCCAUCAUCAUCAGGAACAGCAGCUGGAGCAGCGUCAGAAGCUUUCUUUAAGGAGUAAAGCAGCGCACUUUGUAUCUGAUGUUGCCACUGUUAUUCUCAACCCCAUUUCUGAUAAACCCCUAAAGCCCAGACCACCACCUCUCCCUGAAGAUGAAUCUGAUUCUGAUGGAAGUAAGCAUGAGUCAAAUGCAGAGGAAGAUUCCAAGGAUCUAGAUGAUGGUCCUGAUACAUCAUCUUUCUCGGCAUUUAUAUACUCUCUAUUAUCGACCUCGGGAGCUGAGAGGAAAUCUAACACUAGUGGAAAAUAUGAUAAGCAAGACGAUAGUGCUGAGUCAAUACCUGAACUUACAAUGAAGGAGCCUUGUAGAAGAAAAGCUAUAUUUUCCAGGGGUAAACAGUCCCUCGGCAGAGCUCUUCACCAAGUUGCUAGAUUAGGAGGCUUUAGAAAUCAGGGUUCGGCCAAGUGCAGCUCUGAGAUGGUGUUUGAUGAUGGAAGUAAUUCUAAAGUUUCUGGUGGUGAUCAGAUACCUUUGGAAGAUAUGAAUAAGAAACUUCUUCUGAACAAUCUUCCGGAAACUUCUGAGCCUUCAGUGCUCCUCUCUGAGAAGGCACGGAUUGCUCUUUAUGCAGCACUGCCUGUGCUUGUGCAGGACAGAAAGUGGGUCUUGUUAUACAGUACAUGGAGGAAUGGAAUAUCACUCUCAACUUUAUAUAGGAGAAGCUUACUCUGGUCGGGCAUCAGUCUGCUGGUUGUGGGGGACCGUAAAGGUGCUGUAUUUGGUGGGCUAGUUGAUGCACCUUUAAAGCCAAUGACGAAGAGAAGAUAUCAGGGUACAAAUAAUUCAUUUGUUUUCUCAAAUGUAUCUGGCCAACCAGUCAUAUUUCGUCCCACAGGUGUCAAUCGGUACUUCACUGUCUGCUCCACGGAGUAUUUAGCUUUGGGAGGCGGUGGCCAUUUUGCGCUCUACUUAGAUGGGGAUCUGCUAACAGGUUCAAGUGCAACAUCAGAAACUUAUGGAAACUCUUGUUUGGCACAUACGGAAGACUUUGAAGUUAAGGAAGUUGAGUUAUGGGGCUUUGUAUAUUCUUCAAAGUACGAAGAGAUGGUUUCUAUUUUGCGAACAGAGACACCUGGAAUUUGCCGCUGGUAAACACAGCUUUCAGAUGCUUGCCUUCCACUCUAAAUGCUCGUUUCUGUUUGGUGCCCAUGGUUGUGCACCAUGCGGAAUACAAGAUAGGUUUUGUACAUAUCUUUUCACGUGUUCAACAACAAUGUUACAUUAUAUAGAUGUGUUACUUUACAUGUAUAGUGAAUGAUUUUGAAAAUAUGCCCUUUGCUUCAUAUUUGCUAUGAGAACGAACUUGAGAGCCAACUGAAAAUAUUCAGUAAACUGUUCUCCAGAAACCGAGGCUAACGUGCUGUGAUGCUUCUAAUGUUUUUUCUUUUCUUUUCUUUUUCUUCA